GGCUAGUGAUAGUCCCCACUUCAAUGUUCAACAUGGCUGAAAAGUACCCCAUACAUGUACCUAAUCCUUGUCCUUAUGUAAAUUUGUUUCUUCAUAUCGAUCUCCAAAGCUUCAUAUCACUACGGUCUGACGACUGUCGGCAACCACGGAAACGUCACCAUGGCUUCCACAAGUCAGUGCAUUGCUUCGCUGGCGAGGCUAAGCCUCUCUACAUCUAUAAGGCCUAUGAAUGCGACCAUCCCUAGGUUCCUGGUUCCGUCCAUAGUUCAGACGAGAUGCAAAAGCGCAGGCACAGCGGCCAUGAGGGCGCGCGAGAAAGAAAAGGAAAAGUUGAAGAGGGCCAAAAAGCAGCAGCGAUUCAAAGAAUACAAAUAUGCCACACCUAGCAAAGAGGAGAGGGUUUCGCUAUGCGAUGCUAUGAGAUAUCUACGAGCCGCCGAAGUUGGUCGACCGCCAUCGUCUGUUACAUACGAACUCUCCUUAAAAAUAAGAACGCCCAAGAGCAGUCCCGUGCUUCGAAAUCGGAUACGAUUGCCUUACCCCGUUAAAAACGACACGCAGAUCGCGGUCAUUUGUAAGGAAGGCAGUGGCGCGAUGCACGAUGCCCGCGCCGGUGGUGCUGUCGCUUUCGGAGAAGAAUCCCUAUUCGAACUCAUCAAGGCGAAUCCGAACAAGCUACCGUUUAACCGUCUGAUCUGCCACGUCGAUUCGGAACCAGCCCUUAAAAAGGCCAACCUAGGUCGUAUACUAGGUCCCAAGGGUCUUAUGCCCAGCAUUAAGACCAACACCAUCACCAGGAGUGUGAAGACCCUGAUGCACGAGAUGGUCGGCGCCGAGAACUACAGAGAAAGGGUCGGCGCGAUUCGCAUGCCCAUCGGGAACAUCCAAUUCACACCUAAUAUGCUCUCCGCGAACGUCAAGGCGCUUGUGACAGCGGUAAAAGAACAAAUCUCGAAUAUGGAAGAUAGGGUCAAGAAGGAUCUAGUUGAGGUCGUUCUGACAUCCACCAACGGGCCGGGUUUCAGCUUAAGCGGAGCUAUCAACUCUACCGACGAGAAGAUCCAGCCAGCACACCUAAGCACAGCCAUGUAGAUAUUUAUACUAUACCCCUUAAGGCAGGACAGUGCAUAACAUAAUUGUACCAUAUGCUUCGUAAAAGUU